AUGGGAAACACUGCAUCACUUUCGUACUGCUGUCUUAACACCAUUGCAUCUUCCCGGUCGCCGGCGACGCUGAUUUUCCACGACGGGAAGUCCCGGGUGGUCGCCGGGAAACGGCGCGUGGCCGGGGAGGUGAUGUUUGAGUUCCCGGACUGCAUGGUGUGCCAUGCACAUUCCUUCUUCAUCGGUCAACCGCUGCCGGUUCUGACCAUCGACGACGAGCUUUUAGCGGGGCAGACGUACCUGGUCCUUCCGCUCGACUGCUUCGCCACCAACGUCCUCUCCGCCUCCUCUCUCGCGGCCUUGGGGCGCAGCCCGCGGAGGGGCGGCGCCGCCCCGGCCAAUUUCAGGAGCGCGGCGUUUGAGUACAUUAAGGGAUCCAACGGUAGGGUUUUGAUCAAGGUGGUGCCGGAGUUUAUAGUGAAUCUUCUGAGCGGAAGCAACGGAGUAGAGAAUUUGCAGGCCGCGGCCGGCGACGACAACGUCGACGACUGUAAGAUUCUGUGUAGUACGCCGGAGUUGAAAAAGCAUUACGAGCAACUUGUGGGGUCCAAAGAUCAGGUCUGGUCUCCGAAGCUUGAGACCAUUACAGAGUACAAAAUCAGGUAUUCUCCCUGCAAAUUUAUAGGGUUGGAGUGGAAGCAGAAAGAGGGUGAAGGUAAUCAUCAUUAG